UGCAAACAUGAAUUGUUCGUUAAAUUUUUUUCCAAGUUAUUAAAUCACGGUAUUUUCUAAUAUUAGUUGAGUACAGUUUUUUGUACAAAAUUCGUGUCUGCAAAUUAAGUUUUAAGUUCCAGAAAAGGUAUUUGCUGAGAGCAAUCAUGAACAGUAUUUUGAAGGAUGGCAUUGUUGGUGAAAAGAAGAUUUGCCCUUACAAAGAAAAGUGCUACAGAAAAAAUCCUGUUCACUUCAAUGAAAUGUCACAUCCACACUUGGAAAAGCUGAUCAUCGAUCAACUGGAUGCAACCAUUUCCAUUCCAGAAAAUUUAAGUUUCGAAUGCUCCAACAGAUCACAGCUGUUGGAUCAGCUCAAAGUGUUACAGGUGGUUUUGAAAAAGGAAAGGGACAGGAAUCAAAAAAAUGAUCCAGCUGAAACUUCUCAAGAGAAACCUUCUGAAAACCGUAAUCCAUCCAAUGAAGAUAAAGAAUUGAAAGAAAAAAUCAAAAGGCACAAGCAGGCUGCCUUGGAAACAAGAAUUGCCAGAUUGAAAGAAAUGGAUGCCAAAGCUGUUUAUCCAAAAGAUGAUUCCGAAGGAGCUACAAGUAAGAAAAGAUUUUUAGCAAACACUAGCAGUAGUGCAUCUCCUAAAAAGGCGAAAAAUCAGAGAGAGUCUCAAGGCACUUCAAGCGGAUAUUCGAGUGUCUCGGAUGCUGAUUCUCAGAGCACAAGUAGCCAAUGUAGUACAGAUAAUUCAUCUUCAAAUGAACCAAUUAUAGAAACUUACAUGUCUUCAACCGAUAGAACCCGAAGAGAAAGAGUAAGAGAGGACGCAAUUGCUAGGAUGCGACUGGCUGGACACAAAGUUGAUCUAGUCCAUCCUGGAGACUUUGCAUUAAAGUAUGCUUUGUCAGCUCCCUACCACUAUUUUCUCAACAGAGUGGAAAAAUCACAAGUUACACAUGAUCAGCAGUUUACUGUGUCCUUUCCUGAAUUGCUGGAUGUUAGUCUAGGAGAAAUCGUAAACAGUUUGCACAUAAACUUUAUGGUUGAAAUCGGAUGGUUGUGCCUUCAGUACUUACUUGCAGCUCAGAAUGCAAAGAUGACAAUAUUUUGUGGGCAGGUUUGCGAUGCUCUGGAUAAAUAUCCAGAAAACAUCCGAGUGGAAAUCAUACAAAUGCCUGGACCCUAUGGAAUUCAUCAUUCAAAAGUAUCACUGUUUCAGUACAGCGACGGUGGAAUCAGAAUUGUCGUCUCGACAGCUAAUAUUUACAGCGACGACUGGGAAAACAGAACUCAGUGUGUCUGGAUGUCGCCACACCUGCCUCGUCUACCUGAUUCAGCGAAUCCUAGCGACGGCGAGUCUCCAACGAAUUUUAAAAAACAUUUCCGUGAAUAUCUCGUGGCAUACAAGAACGCAAAAAUGGUUGAAUGGGAAAACAUAGUUAAAAAAGCCGACUUCUCAUCGGUAAAUGUGUUUUUCGUUGCGUCGGUACCUGGAAGCCACAAGGGCUCGUCCUUAAAUAUGUGGGGCCACAGAAAACUUGGGUAUAUCUUGUCCGAGCAUGCUAUCCUACCUCCGGACGCUCCUCAGUGGACUAUAAUAGCUCAGUGCUCGAGUAUAGGUAAUCUGGGGCCGAAUUUCAAUAGCUGGAUUCAGCCAAAUAUCGUUUCGUCAAUGGUAAGAGAAAAAGCUAAAGGUCUGAAGAGCGAUCCGAACUUUCAUUUUGUUUAUCCAACGUUGAGGAAUUACGAAGAGAGUUUUGACUGCAGGAAAGGCACUUGUUGCUUGCCAUACUCGAGAAAGAGCCACGAGAAACAGCAGUGGAUCAAAAAUCAUAUGUAUCAAUGGAAAGCAGAUGAAACUGGGAGAACAAGAGCAAUGCCACACAGCAAAUGCUACACGCGUUUGUCGCCCGAUCAAACCGAAAUACCGUGGUUUGUGCUAACAAGUGCCAAUUUGAGUAAAGCAGCCUGGGGCUCAACAGCCAAGACUGGAAACUCUUUUUAUAUAAUGAAUUACGAAGCUGGAGUUGUGUUUAUACCCAAGUUUAUCACAAAACAAACGACAUUUCCAAUAAAAAAUUCGAGCUCCCCCGAUGUACCAGUUUUCCGGUUGCCGUACGAUUUACCGUUGACUCGAUACGGAUCCAAUGAUGAACCAUUUGUCGUUGAGUUUAUGAGUGACUAAUACUUGGAAAAAACCACGUGAUAUCCUACAUGAAUUUUUUUUUAUUGUGUAAAUCUUAAAGUUUUGUUAAAAAUGCAUU